CCCCACCCCCGAGUUCCUGCUCCCGUCGAGUGUUCCGAGGGUGAAAGUAACCGAACAGAGCGAAGGAUGAACUUUCUUCUGCAUCAACAGCGUAGCCCCGGUGCGGUCGUACCGAUCCCCGAGGACCUUCGCCCACUGCUGGAGGAGAUGAGCCGUGAGGUGCUGCGAGCGCAACCGCAAAACGUCGUACAAUUCCUGGCCGACUAUCUGGAGGAACGUUUGGUGCGGCGUGAGAACCGGCGGCUAGCGGAGCGUGUCGUGGACAACGUGCUCGAUCACAGCGUCGAAAUCGUGGCGCUGCUGGAGACGGCCGGAAUCGAACCGGAGCGUGCCGAAGCGGCGGUCAAGUGUAUCCGCCAGGAGUUCCAUCGCCAUUUCGAAACACGAACCGAUGAUGAACGGUUGAGGGAAGCAUUCCGCGAGCGCCAAGUGCUGGAUCGGUUGGUCAAGGAGUGUGGUUUCAGUGAGCAGGAAGCUCGGCAAGCUUCGUCCAUCAUCGAGCAAGCCUACCGUACGUUCUACUAUCGGAACACGUACAAAGCGGAACCACAACCCGCGGCCCGAGAUCAGGACUGGCGCCAAGCGGCAAAGCAUUCGCUUGCGAUCUACGCACAGACCGGGCCGACGAAAGAGCAGAUGGAAACCGCCGCCAUUCGCAUUCAGGCCGCUUACCGGGGCUACUACAGUCGGAAGCGGCAACAGUGGGAUCAGAAGGCCACACUCAUCCAGCGAGCGUUCAGGCAGCAUCAAAACCGCAAAGUGAACUUGGAUGACACUGAUUCCGAGAUUUUGAACUACGAGAUACUGUGCCCCGGUUACCAGGACUCCGAGGCGAGCUUCUCACCGAGCGCGGAUAUACGCCAACUGAUUAGCGUCGCAGUAGGCAGUGUUGGCGACAAUGGAACAUUGAAGCAACCGAGCCCGAACCUGGAGGAAGCAGCCACACUCAUCCAAUCGGUGUACCGUGGCCAUCGUAGAAGGGUUCAGCUUGAAUCGGCCCCCACGGAUCCGCCGGUAAACACUGCAAAGUUCGAUCCCGAAUCAGCUGCAACUCUUCUUCAAUCCGUCGUUCGUGGACAUCAGAUGCGGCAGAAGCAUCAGGAGCAACAGGGCCAAACGCAGCACGAGAUGGCCACCCUGUUGCAGUCACACGCCCGGGGCUAUCUGGUCCGUAAGCAUCGCUCGCGCCAGCGUGACACUGUCGCGUCACUGCCAGCACCGGAUCAGGCCUCGAGAGCUUCUUCGUGCCAGUAAGGGCCCGUGCGAUGACG